CAAGCAAUUUUGGUACAUUCUGUUGUGAAAUAUAGUAUAUUCCUAAAUUAAAAUUGCGGUCACGCUCGCUCCAAAAUAGAAAACAAACAAAAAAUGAGCAAUAAAUCAACAUUAUUUCCUAUAAACCUCGAUAAACUGUCCGCCAAAGAACGUCACAACUAUAUUCUUAGUCAUUUUGUGCUGCCCACAGCAGCUGAAACUGAAUCACGUAAACACAAGCGAGAUAUUGACGUUAUACGGGAGAACCAUCGAUUUCUCUGGAAUGAAGAGGACGAAGACAUUGACACAUUAACCUGGGAGCAGCGACUUGCAUUACGCUAUUAUCGUAAGCUCUUCAAAGAAUACUGCAUUGCGGACCUCACACGCUACAAGGAGAAUAAAAUUGCCUUGCGUUGGCGCACCGAACAGGAAGUUGUCACAGGUUUGGGACAAUUCCAAUGCGGCAGUCGACAUUGUGGAGAGCGCGAAGGUUUGCGCAGCUGGGAAGUUAACUUCAAAUACCUUGAAAAUGGGGCUCCUCAAAAUGCAUUAGUGAAGGUACGUCUGUGUCCACUACAUACGGAGCAACUAAACUAUCGUACAAAGAAAAAAGAAUACAAACGCCAACGACGACGGGAGAGGGAAGAACGUAGAUCCGAAAGAAAGCACAAAAAGCGAAAGUUAAAUGAAGAUGACGUGUCGAGCAAAGAACUGGAAGAGCAACAAACGCAACUCUCAGAAGAUGCCUCAAAUGAUGAUGAGCCAACUGUAGCCUCGAAAAACAGCCAAGAAGUUGCAGAUGAUCAAAUCUGGAGUAAGCAACUGGAUAUGAGCAAAGAGCAGCCAUCGCGAGAACAGGAAUUCGAGCGUUAUCUGGAAGAUUUGCUAAUGUAAUUCAAAGAGUACGCUUUGGUUUUGG